AUGUCCGACCAACAAAAGCCGACAUGCCGCAUUCUGGUCAUGGCCUCUGGCAAUGGCUCCAACUUCCAGGCACUUAUCGACGCCGUUGCCUCAGGAAGGAUCCCUAAUAGCAAGAUCAUUCGUCUCAUUGUGAAUCGCAAAAAUGCAUAUGCAAAGACUCGGGCGGAACAAGCAAACAUCCCUUGGGAGUGCUUUAACAUGAUUAGCAAUGGCUUUUUGGCAAAGGGAGAAAAGGACGAGGCAAAGGCGACUGAGGCGCGUCAGAAGUAUGACGCCGUGCUGGCGGAGAAAGUCCUGGCUGAAAAGCCAGACCUGGUGGUCCUCGCCGGAUGGAUGCACGUCUUCACGAGCCCCUUCUUGAGACCGUUGGAAAGCGCGGGAAUCAAGGCCAUCAACUUACACCCUGCACUACCAGGCAAGUUUGAUGGAGCCGGUGCGAUAGAGCGUGCCUAUGAAGCGUUCCAGGCUGGCCAGAUCGAGGAAACAGGCAUCAUGGUUCACAACGUCAUUGAGGCAGUGGAUCAGGGUAAGCCGAUCAUGACCAAGACGAUUCCGUGCCAAAAGGGAGAGGCGCUGGCUCAGUUUGAGGAGAGGAUACACUCUCACGAGCAUGAAUUGAUUGUGGAGGCCACGGCCAAAGUGGUUAAGGAGAUUCUGGGACUUUAA